AUGGAACAUCAGUAUCCGGGCGCCAUCAGUCCUAACGAGAAUAUGCUGGCAGAAUUAAUGUUGCCUGAUCAGACCCAUGUUCGGACACAAGACUGGACAAUGUUCUUCCUACACAAAGAUUCGGGCGCUGCUGAGGAAGAAGAGGCUCCUAAGAAGACCAGGCGGAAAAAGGGAGAAGACGAAAGGAGCAAUCCAGAACAGACAGAUAUGGGCGAUGAAGGCGCGACAUCAGACGACAGCAGUGAUGAAGGCAAUGAGAGUGAAGAGGGAGAUGCGGGCGAGGGACCGCCGUUGAUGUAUGUUUUGAACCUGGUGAACACCAAACAGGACAAUUCAGUGAAGAGAGGAGCAGUAGUGAAAGCGAUGGCAAUCUGUACCAGGCACUCCUUUCUCCACAUCUACAAGCCACUUCUGCUACUCGCCCUUGAGGAUUACUUCAAGUCUCCUUACCCAGAGACCCUAGCUGGUUUAUAUAAUGCUGUGAAUGAAAUGGAUCUCUCGUUGAUGCCGCGAUUGUCAACAUUAGAACGACAUAUACUCCAAGCAAGUGAUGUGAAAGACAUGUUCGUUGAGAAAUUCGAGCAUAUGAUAAAGCAGAGACUGGCUGAAGAGGCCGCUUUGGCUGUAUCGGGUGAAUCAGACUCGCCUACCAGACCAGGCACCAAGUACAACAUUCCGAGAGAUACUCACGAAUUUGAAUCGAAAGUUGUCUACAACGACAUCCCCAUUCCUAUAAAAGUCCCAACGGCUCCCUCGUCCGAGACUGUCGGUGACUUCUCUUUUGUCAAGCUUAUACAGACUUUUGGUGGUCCACAUGCAGCAUCACCACAGCCUUUUGCCCUUCACCCGCACCUGACUACAUCUGGCGCUUACACGCAUCCCAUUAUAGUACUUAUAAAUGCAAUGCUCACACAAAAGAGGAUCAUUUUUCUAGGCCAUAAUCGACCUUCUGGCGAAGUAGCUGAGGCGGUUCUUGCUGCUUGUGCCCUCGCCUCUGGUGGUGUUCUCAAGGGUUUUACCAGAUAUGCGUUUCCUUAUACAGACCUGACAAAAGUGGAUGAGUUGCUUCAAGUACCAGGCUUUAUCGCUGGGGUGACCAAUCCGGCGUUCGCCAACCAUCACGAAUGGUGGGAUUUGCUUUGUGAUCUUCCGGCCGGAAGAAUGAAGAUCUCGUCCAAAAUCGAGGUGGCUCCCGUUACCGAAGGUCUACUAUAUUUCCAGCAGCAACAUCCAAGUUUUACCACGAUGAUGAGUAACAGCAAUACCAGCACCGAUGCAACCGGCGACACAGCUUUCAUGGAAGAUAUCAUGCGGAGCAUUGCUGCGCGACACGGUGAAUCUGCUAUUCGAAGUAAGUUUGCUGCUUACACUACGAAGUUCACGCGGAUAGCUGCUGCUUUCGAGGAGUCGGUCUAUGGCGCCAGUGCGUUGUAUGUUGUGUCGCUCGGCGAAGCGGUGCUAGACAUCAACUCUCCUGCCGUUGACCAGACCGUAGGUCCUAAGAACGAGCCUUUGACCUCACAGGAAGCCAUGGCUGGCUUGAAAGGGCAUGGUUAUGUUUGGCCGAACGACGAGAUGAAGAACCGAGAACUGGCUGCAUCGGUGUCUCGGAUAGAGGGCUGGAGAAAUACCCGAAGCUACAAGACUUUCAUAUCUGACCUUGCCUCGUCUCAUUCUGGGGCAGGCCGUUCAUCGCAUUCCCCAUCACCAACCAAAGGCAAUUUGCCACGGCCGAACAUUGAUCUUCAUCAUGUUCUCUCGCGGUUACGUACUCUUCGACUCCCACCUGCCGAGGCGGGAGCAAUCUACCUAGUUCUAUCGUCCUUCUGCACCGACUAUGACAGUAUCCUUGAGCUGCUCGAGUUGACACCGAUGUCUGAAGCUGGACUAUUCUAUAUCACAUUAGGACUGUUUCACGAAGAAAGAAUCGUUCGGGAAGCGGUCGUAGUUCUCCUCGAGAGAAUCCGAAAGCACGAAUGUGGGCGUCACUUUUGGAAUCGGGUUGGUGGGUGGAUUAGUAUGGGCUUCCAACGCGCAUGGAAAGAGAGGGAGUCCCGUUCGGUGGACAGAGACUAUGAACGCUCUGGGGAUGCCCCACCUCCUCUUGGACUAGGGGUUAGUAGGACAAUUUAG